UGACAUAUCCCCCAAAGAACUGCAAUUAUGCUAGCAAGGCUGUAGGAGCGUUGAACCGUUCUUUCCCAGUCCUUUUGAUUUUUGUUGCCUCUCCACGCAUUCCUGUCCCAUUUAGAGCUGUGUUUUUUUUUACAUUUUAUUUCUGGUGUGAAUGGUUCUGUGGAUAUUAGAAAAACGUGCUGAAGGUUCACUCUGAGGCAUGGCUAUUUUUGUUAGAAGCUGAUACUUUAGACUGAGCUUUAAGUGUUGCCUCUGGAAGGCCUUGGGAGGCCAGGUCUGCAGAGGAAACAAACAUUUCAGGGAGCAUAAAAGAAGAAGGAACACAAUUAGAAAAAGCAGAGGACCUCCCUCCUUCUCAUUCUGCAAGUCCUGCGAGAGUCAGCAACCCAGAAGUACUAUCUAAGCUGCCACAGUAAAUCUUGACCUUUCAAACAGAGUAUCUCUUACCAUCAUCAUGGCCGAGAUAACAGCAGAAGGACCCAUGUCUACAACCACGACGAUAAUAGAUGGUAAGAACGGCUCCGUUCCUUCGUCAUCCAUGAAAGUGGGCAAGAAGUCGGUGACAGAAGACUUUGUGAACACGUUCAGCUCUCCAGCAGCAUGGCUUCUUGUUGUUGCUCUGAUUGUUACCUGGUCAGCAGUAGCUAUUGUAAUGUUUGACUUGGUGGAUUACAAAGACUUAGCAGGUAUAGCCACCUAUUCACAACAUUGUGAUGAUCCCUGUUUCCCACCUGGAAGAUCUGUUCACAAGCUCAGCACAGAACCACUGAGAAUCAUUCAUGAGACACUGGAAGAGUCUUCUGAUUGGAUUUAUGGCUUUUUUUCUUUACUGUCUGACAUCGUAUGGAGUGAUGAUGAUGACAGUGAUGAAGGUGAAGUGGAACCUUCUCUGAAAAAAGAAAUUCAAAAACAGAAAACAGAGAGACCUGAAAAACGAACACCGGCGAAGGCAACACACAGAGACAAACCUGAAAAACAAGAAAAAAUUGAGAGGAAGGAACCCCCAAAGGUGACAAGUAAAGACAAACUGGAAAGACAAGAAAAACCUGAAAAAAAGGAAAGGCAUGCAGCUGUUCACAAAGAGAAACCUGAAAAGCCAGAAAAACAAGAAAAGAAAGCACCAUCUAAAGUAACUCAAAAAGAUGCACCUGAAAGACAUGAAAAAGCUGAAAAGAAACCUCCUCCCAAAGAGGAGAAGAAAGUAAAGAGCACUAAAGUGGAAGCAAAAGUUAAAAAGGAAGUGAAGGAUGGAAAAGGAGAAGCAAAGGGGACGACAGAGAAGGUCAAGCAGGCAGAGACAAAGACAACAGAAACUGGGCUAAUAAAGGCCAAAACGAAAGUUAAGGAGGAGAAAGCUCUUCAGACUGUAACUAAAUCGGACAAGAAAGAUCAAUAUGCAUUCUGUCGCUAUGUGAUUGACAUGUUUGCACAAGGGGAUUUUUAUCCAGGUGCAGGACAUAAGGAAUUUGCACCACCUCGUCUUCUUCUAGAGCACAGUCCAAGAAAGAAACCAGCAGCUAUUGAAGAAGAGAAGUCUGCUGUGGUACCUAGAGAAGUGAAAAAGAGAAAAGAGGAGAAGAAAAAGAGUGAUGAAAAGAAGACUAUGACUGAAACCAAGGUGAAAGAAAAAACAGGAAAAAAGGAGAAAGCUCAUGAGAAGACAGCUGUCCCUGAAAUUAAGAAAUCAGAUAAAAAAGAAGCUGCUGUAUCCAAAGAACUCAAAAAGCCAGCAAAAGCUCCUGCAGCCAACCCAGCCAUCAAAAAAGCAGCAGCACCAGAACCACAUAAAAAAGAAAAAACAAUGGAAUAUGGAAAAACAACAAAGAAAGAAGAAAAAGUACAUGCAGCUGUGGAAACUCCAAAGUCAAAAGCAGGACUUGAGAAAAAAGAAGGAAAAGCAACAAAGGCAGCAGUGCAAGAUAAACCAAAGCUGAAACAAGGAAAUCCUGGAAAAGGUAAAGAAUUGAAAUCGCCAGCUGCCACAAAAGAUAAAGAACAUGCUAAAGAAAAGGAAGGGAAGAAUCCUACAUCUUUAAAAGUAAUUGCAGGUCCUUCUAACGUGACAAAGGAGGCUAGACUUUCUUCGCCCAACCUUCAGAAAAGAGCAGAUUCCCUGAAAGUAAAAAAUCCCAAGAAUCCAGAAAGCAUAAGAGAAAAAGAGACCGGAAAAAGAAAAGAUGUGAAGCCUCCAACAGCCUUAAAGGAAAAAGACUCUUCAAAACGAAAAGAAAUUAAGGUUUCAACUAAUCCUAAGGAAAAAGCUGCAGUGAAAAAGGAGGGGGAUAAGAAAGCUACCUCAGAGAACCCGCACGAACACAAGCAUGAACGUGUUAAACGUGAAAAAGCUGUCUCUCAGACUAAGCCAGAGGAGAAAAUGAAACAACAAAAAACAACUCCUACUGAGAAGUCAGCCCAACCAAAGCCAGCAAAGCAUGAAGCAGUCAGACAUGAAAAAGUUGUUCCCCUUACAAAACCAGUCAAACCAAAAAACACUGCAAAGCCAACAGCUGAAAUCCCAACAUCAGCCACAAAAAAACCAAAGACAAUUAAGGAAAAAGAAGAAAAAACCACUGCGAAGAAACAGCUGAAAGAUGAAAAACCUAAAGUAAAAGAAGAUCCACGACAUCAAAACCUGACAUCAGCUCCUGUCCGCUACUUUCAAUGUGUCUUCCUAAAUGGACCUAAUGGAUUUGGGCUGCAAUUUCCUAUUAAUUCCCCUUCAAACAAGGAAGAAAAGACUCACUCAAAGACUUCCAAGAGAAAGACAAGGAAACCGGGGCAGUAGAGAGACUGAGUCCUGUGAUCACUGACAUUUUGCACUUUAUCUUUUCUGCUGAGGUCCACAGUAGCUACAGUGGUACUUGUCAUUGCAGGAACGUGAUCCACUUGCACGCGUGUACCUGGAACUGUUUCCAUGGGGCAGCGGCAGAACAAGCAGUAAUGAACGGUGUUUAACAAAGAUAGAAAUGAAAAAGCGCCCAGUUUCUCAUGGGAAGGCUGCAAUGCUAACAAGGCAUUGAUGUGACUGUGUGUGUGAGCAUGUGCGUGUGUUUUCAUGCCUCUUUCGCUCUUGUUUUUCUUUACCUACAUGCUCAGCAUUGAAGUGAGUCUGUUUUCCAUUUAAUCUUAUCUAAGGAGUGAAAGGUUGAAUGUAGCUCUUAUAUCAGCAAGAUUGCAAGACUAGCUGCAAUCCUAAACCAUUUCUUCUUAAUGUUCAAUCAAAUUGCUGACAGGAAAAUGCCUCAGUAAGUCAUGAAAAUGUGCUCUGUGACUGGUGCUAUUUUUAUGUCUCAUUGACCAGUGUAGCCUGAAGCUCACACUUACUCGGAGCAGCUCAAUGCACUAUCAGUAAGUUGACUCCACAAGUCAUGUUAAUGAUGAAUAUUUCUAUUUAAUCUGAAACUUAAAUGGACUGUUUGCCCUGCCUAUUGGUGAAAUAUAAGCUCUUCUCUUCAUAAGACCCUAAGUGAGAAGAGAAAGUGAAACCACAUGGCAAAGGUUAGGAAAACCACUGUUUUACCGACGUGGAGGUUCGGAGAAACAAAUGAAGUAAUUAUAGUGCUUCCACUUUUCUUCUGUGGCUAAAUCAGAUUGUUUUGCAGCAAAAGCCAUGUAAAUGAACAAUAUAACAGCCAACAAUUUGCUAUUAGCUUAAGCCAGAUGAAAAACUAGGAUGUGAGAUGCCAUUCACAAAACUAAAGCAACCCAAAUUUGCAGUAAUUAUGUGAAUUCGAUGCUUUCUCAGAUCAGUGAACAAAAACAAAAACCAAAACCAAACCCAAACAAUCAAAGAAUCAUGAAAAAAAUGAAACAUAAACACACGAAAUAAUCUAGGUAUCUCUUUUUACUAGAUGAAAGGAAAGAACUUCCUCACAGCACACUGCUGUAAAUGGCUUACAGAAGAACUGAAAGUAGAUGUGCUUGUCCUCAACCCUCUUUUGUGCAUCUAUGAAGAAAUAAAGAAUUUUUUGCCCUAACAAAGAGACAAGAUGGCAUUUGAUCCAUUUAAAGGCACAUGAAUGAAAAUUGGCAUCUCACCAGUCUAUGUCUGGCAAUGUAAAUAGUGCCUUUUUGCAAGCUGCUAUUGUUUGCAUUUCCUUACUAUAUUUUUUGCAUUUAAUCUGGGAAAUAUACAGCAGUGACCUUAGUUAUGUAGUUGCCUGCUGAAGCAACAUGAUCCUCUUUGUGCAAACCCACUACUUGUAGAGUCUGAACAAGCCAAAAACUGUAUAUCACUUUUUUAUUUUUAGUAUAGACUGAGAUAGCAUUGGCCUCCUCCCUCUUACACUCUCCUUCCCCAUCCAUCUUUCUUUAAUCAAAUAAUUGACUCAUGUGAGUUUUAGACAACUGAUUCUUUGACAGAUUACUGCCAUUCAGAAAGCUUUGCUGUUACACUGCUGGGUCCAGUUGGUGUUUUCUGAUUACUGGUCAUGGCCUUACAUUAACUGGAUCCUUGGUCUUAAUGUGCUCUGAUAUUGCACAGGUCAUGAGCUGCAAAAACUGUCAUUGCAACAAGCAGUUUAGGCAGUGGUGACCAGAAGGAGGUAGAAACAGGUCCUGCUCUAGAAGUAGCUAUUCCCAUGUAGAACACACCACAGACAUGAGUGUUCAUGGUGAAUGUCCCCACAGACCCCUGUGAGAUAUGCUCUGGAGAUAGCACUGCCAACAGAGAAUUUUGAUGGUAGAAUUAUGAUUUUCAAUUUGCUUUUGGUGUCUCUUUUUAUAUUUCCAGCAACUUUUUGCUUCCCAAUUUGUGAUUUUGUAUAUAAUAUGAUGGAUGUUAUUGCCCUAGGUUUUUACUGUGAAAGCUGUCUUAAAAAUGAAAUUUUAACUUUCUGAAAAAUCAGUUUAUUCAAGAUUUUAUCUAAUGCAAGCAAUCAGGACAGAAAAAUUAUAUACUAUAAAGUUGUUUUUUUUCAUCUUCUUUUGGAUUUUUUUUUCAUUAUAGUUAGCCUUAAUCCUUCCUUCCCAUCUGAGAUGGGAGAUAACAAGAAUUUGUUCUGGAUCUCAUUUCCAUAUUGUUUCAAUUAGGAAUGUUGCAAUGCUAGAUAUCUGAAAGCUUUGGAAAUAUAGACAGUAAAUAUAUUUGCAUAAGUGAUGUAAAAUCAGUAAUUUAUUUUUGUUUCCUAAUCUAUGUCACUGCUUGGAAAAACAGAAAAAACAGGUCCACUUUCAGAGGGGCAAGUGUUUUUCUCUUUAAAUUCACCUGGAAACUUUAAAAAAUUUCCUGGUUUGCAUGGCUUUACUCAAAUUAGCCUGAAAUAUUGCACAAACUUAUGCUGAUUGUUAUAUAUUUUGGAAAAUAAAAAAUAUAAACCCUG